AGGGAGAGGGAGGGAGGAAGGGAAGGAGAAAGAGAGACUGGAGGAGGCAAUAGGAAGAAAAGAAGAGGGAGGGCUGGGGGCGGGCGCUGGGGGAGCCCAAAGCCAGCCUGCAAGGCUCAGCCUCACGCGCGCGCCGCCACUGUUUGUACACAGUGCGCUCUUGGCUUCAGGCUCGCUCCCCUCCAGCUCACGCUUCAUUGUUCUCCAAGUCAGAAGCCCUGCAAGCCGCCGCGGCAGCAGUUUGAGCUAGAGUGCUGGCCGCUUCGCCUGCGGUGGCAGUGAGCGCUCGGAAGUCGGGGAGCCCGGAACCCAGGGAGCCCGCGCUCAGCCCGCUGCGCCUCGGCCAGGACCCACCCGCAGCGCCGGCUGAGCCCCAGCCGCUCUCCAGCGACCCUCCUCCACUCACCCCAGAGCAGGCGAAGCAGGGAAAGGGGCCACCCUUUCUCUCGGGCCGUCACUCUUUAUCACCUUCCCAAGAAUUUGUUUGAGGAAGCUCUGCGGGAGGAAGACAUCCUCUUCAAUCUCUGACAGGGCGGGGUCUACUGCUGUCCUGCAGGGCCCCCUCGCCUACAGUGCCCUCCGCUUCGACCCCGGACUCUCUCGGGGUCACGUCCGAGAGAAGAAAUCAUGAAGCGCUUGGUAGCAGCCUGGCUUUUGGCUGGACUCAGCCUCGGUGUGCCCCAGUUCGGCAAAGGUGAUAUUUGUACCCCCAAUCCAUGUGAAAAUGGUGGCAUCUGUCUGUCAGGACUGGAAGAUGAUUCCUUUUCCUGUGAGUGUCCAGAUGGCUUCACAGAUCCCAACUGCUCUAGUGUUGUGGAGGUUGCAUCAGAUGAAGAAGAGCCUACUUCAGGAGGUCCCUGUAUUCCCAACCCCUGCCACAAUGGAGGAACCUGUGAGAUAAGUGAAGCCUAUCGAGGAGACACAUUCAUAGGCUAUGUUUGUAAAUGUCCCCAGGGAUUUAAUGGAAUUCACUGUCAGCACAAUGUAAAUGAAUGCGAAGCCGAGCCCUGCAGAAAUGGGGGCAUAUGUACAGACCUCGUUGCUAACUACUCCUGUGAAUGCCCAGGAGAAUUUAUGGGACGAAAUUGUCAAUAUAAAUGCUCUGGGCCAUUGGGAAUUGAAGGUGGGAUAAUAUCCAAUCAGCAAAUCACAGCUUCCUCUACCCACCGAGCUCUUUUUGGACUCCAGAAAUGGUAUCCCUACUAUGCCCGGCUUAAUAAGAAGGGCCUUAUAAAUGCCUGGACAGCUGCUGAAAAUGACAGGUGGCCAUGGAUCCAGAUAAAUUUGCAAAGAAAAAUGAGAGUUACUGGUGUUAUUACCCAAGGAGCAAAAAGGAUUGGAAGCCCAGAAUACAUAAAAUCCUAUAAAAUUGCCUAUAGCAAUGAUGGAAAGACCUGGGCAAUGUACAAAGUAAAAGGCACCAAUGAAGACAUGGUGUUCCGUGGAAAUGUUGAUAACAACACACCCUAUGCUAAUUCUUUCACACCCCCAAUCAAAGCUCAGUAUGUGAGACUCUAUCCCCAAAUUUGUCGAAGGCACUGUACUUUAAGAAUGGAACUUCUGGGCUGUGAGCUCUCAGGCUGUUCGGAACCUUUGGGGAUGAAAUCGGGCCAUAUACAAGACUAUCAGAUCACUGCCUCCAGCGUCUUCAGGACACUCAACAUGGACAUGUUUGCCUGGGAACCCCGGAAAGCCCGACUCGACAAGCAAGGCAAAGUAAAUGCCUGGACCUCUGGCCACAACGACCAGUCGCAGUGGUUACAGGUUGAUCUUCUUGUCCCUACAAAAGUGACUGGCAUCAUCACACAAGGAGCAAAGGAUUUUGGCCAUGUGCAGUUUGUUGGUUCAUACAAAUUAGCCUACAGCAAUGAUGGAGAACACUGGACUGUGUACCAGGAUGAAAAACAGAGAAAAGAUAAGGUUUUUCAAGGCAAUUUUGACAAUGACACUCACAGGAAAAAUGUCAUCGACCCUCCCAUCUAUGCACGACACAUAAGGAUCCUUCCUUGGUCCUGGUAUGGAAGGAUUACUCUGCGGUCAGAGCUGCUGGGCUGCACAGAAGAGGAAUGAAGGAAGGGAGCACACAUCCCACAAUGCUUUUCUUUAUUUCCCUACAAGUAACUCCAUGAAAUGAACUGUGCAAAAUCUGAUGGAAACUGAAUGUCUUUUUUUUUUUUUCUUUUUUCUCAUGGAAAAGUGUUCAAAUUAUGGUAGGCUGCUAACUGUCUUUUAAGGAGUUCUAAGCCUGCCUUUUCAAUAAUAUAUUUUUUGUUGUUUUUAUCUCCCAGCCCUCCUAAGUCAUACCACCCUAUCUGUGACUUACUCUCCUUGUUCCAUGAAUUAUAUAAAUUGGUUGAAGUACAAUAGGCAGAGUAAGUCUCCUUUUUACUGCAAAAUAAAGAAAUUCAUAGUCAUCAGAUGAAAUGGUUAAGAGAGAAUUAAGGUCACAUUACAAUGUUAGCAAUAAGUUAUUUUCUGUAAUGAGUUUGGCUUAUCCUGAUUGUUUCCCUGUGCCUAACACUGUUAGUGUUUAUUACAGAGAUUUGGAGAAGAAUAGAUAAUAUGCAGUACCAAUUAAUAUGACAUAUUCCAAUCUUAUUUUCUUUACUUCUAAUAAAAACUAAGUUCCUUCUGCUCACACUUAUAUCGUUUAUAUGUUAUAUAAAUAGGUAAUAUUCUUUUUCAUUGAUUAUUCUCCCUUUAUUUUCCUUAAAGUGUUGUGUUUAUUUAUGAACACAACAUUCAUUAGUGCACUUGAACAGGACUGGAAAAGCAGCUGGUUCCAUGUUUAAUAUCAGCACACUGAACCUAGCUUUUAUUUUUGAAGGAAGCUAUAUAUAUUUCAGUACCAAAGGCUUCUGUUUUCUGAGAAUCCCUUCUUAUCAUUUGGUGAAAGAGAACGACAAAAAUGCCACAGCCCUUGAACUCAAAUCUUCAUUUCUUUGAAAUAAUAGCAUCACUCUCUGUGUAUUUAAUAUAUUAACAGAUAUGUGUGACCCUACUGCUGCACAACUUGGUCAAGUGUACUCAACGUUUGUUUUGUUUUUGUUUUUUUUUUUUUCACAUUCCCACAUUUCUGCAAAAUGAAAUUGUCAAUGCAGUUUAAAACCAGUGGUGGUCUCCCAAGAGAGUGCAUUGCAUAAUUAUAGAUGAGAAGCAAUGAAUUUACUAAUGACAAAGUCAUAAAACGUUUUCAAGAUGAAAAUUGAUUUCUAUUGCUUUGCUUUAAAAAUCCUAGAAAAAAAAGCAAUUAUCAUAAUAAUUUGUCAUUGAUAAUGAAGGCAUCAUUGACAUAUGUCUCAAAUUAAAGCUCACCCUUACUCCAUAAAUGUCCUCCACACCUAAUUUAUAAGCUUUACAAGUAUUUAUUUUAUAAGGCUUAGACACAGAAUUAUUGGAGUUUUAAAUUGAAGGUUCAGGAAAGAAAACGGUGGAUGUGUAUGAAAUGCUAAAGCCCUGCACAACACUGCUAUAUUUUAAAUUUUUGCUUUAAUAUGUGUGCUGCAUAAGGAAAUCCACUACUGUCAUGUCCUGUCUGUCCCCGUGUUCACAGCAUUUCUCAGUGAUGUAAAUAUGGUGUGGUCUUCAAUCACAGUGAAGAAAUGAAAGAGAAAGUCAACCACAUUGCCAUUUUAGAUAACAGCAAAUUCAUUGCUCUGUGGCGGCUAGCAGACCGAAUGUUUGUCCCAAACCCCUGUGCUUACUUCAUCAGGUUAAAAACCUGUUGAUUUUCAGUAUCUAAAAUGCUGAGUAAUUUCCAACAUUUUUUCAAAACAAAACUGUUGUGUCCUCAAUACAAUUGUCCUCGAUAAUGUUUUAAACUAUCAAUUCAGAAUAUUUAAAGUAGCAUUUUCAAUUAAAAUAGGAUUACAUAGAAUUACUUAAGGUCUAAAAGUACAGCAUUUACUGUCUAGCAAUGUUUCUUGUUUCUAUGAGGUAUAACCAUAUUACUAAAUUUGUAGAUGGGUGUUCUUUAUUGCAUAUUCUUAAUAUUUAUACUUAAUAUUCAGUUCUAGAAAUUAUGAAUAAUAUUUUGUGUUGAGAUACUUUUCAAAAUUCCCCUUGAAUUCAUGUGCCAUUUUGAAUUUUGCUUUGUUGCUACCUGUUUAAAGUUUGUUUUCCACAGGAGUUUGGUACUAAUGGAACUUGUUAUCAUUUAGAGAGUCAGUGAGCAGCUUUCUCUGGCUUGUGCACUCUCUCUCUGCUCAGUGAGUGACUUACAGCACAGCAUGCCCAGUGGAUAUGCACUUUCAUUAAGGGUGCAUGCACAUAAUAUAAUGACAAGUAUUGGGAAGCAGCUUUUGUAUCAGUCGUUUCUGCUACAGCUGCAAGCUGAAAUGUCAUAUUUUUAUUCAAUUUUAUUUGCAAAUAAAAUUUUACAAACACAAAACGCAGAAGCACCAGGUCCUCACUAUGUUACAUAAUUAUCAUAAGGUAAUUUUAUAAUUUAGGAAAUUAUGAAUUAAUUAACUUUUAACAUUUCAUUACUCAUUUCAUAUAUGUUAUAUUGUAAUCAUCUGUCAUAGACACUAAUUCCUACUUUAGGGUUGACUUUCUCUUUGUGAAUGUCUUCAUAAAGAUAGGUAUGAAUUUUGAAGAGCAGGUAUUAAUGACUGUAUCUUUGCUAGACAACAAAUUAUGAAAUAUAACAUUGAAUGCUCUCAUCUGGUGUGUGUAUAAGGACAGAAAUAACUAAGAUACACAUAACUUUUGCAACCUUUCAAGCUGUGUAAUAUUCCAAUGUUGUUUUUUUCUUUGUAGAUAUACUUAAAUCAUGUAGGAUGUUGUAAAACCAGUAUGACCCUGUCUAGUCUUCAAACUUAAAAUAAACUUUCAAAAAUCUGUUA